CCGAAGAUGGAACUCAGCGACCUACCGCCAGAGAUCAUCUUGAUAAUCCUGGACUUCAUUGAGACUACUGCAGCCUUAAACGAUAUUUGCUUGGUAUCAAAGAAGUUUUGCGCCAUCGCCCAGCCGCUUCUUUACCACGAGACUAUCCUAGGCCCUGAAGAUGUACUGUUGUCAAUCCUACUUCUCUGCCGUACCGUUACUACCUGCCCUCUCAUAGCAGCGCAUGUGCAACAGCUUGAUAUUGACACCGACAAUCCAGGCUUUUUAUUGGCUGAGGAUGAAAAUAAUUUCAAUGCUGUCUACCCAGAUAAAAUGCCAAAAGCAGAUAUUCACCUCCUCGAAAAGGAAACCCGGGAUCUGAAUUUGGGAGGCAUAGAUGCAUCUCAUUUUGGUACUGAAAUCGGAGACACCGUUAUCUUUACUAUGUUGAUAAUCUCACGCUCUCAGAACCUGAGAUCUUUGGCUAUUACUCUUGACCCCCAAGGCCUAUUCCUCCUGAUUGGCUUAUGCCAAGGUCGUAUAAAUGCUCUUUCAUCAUUAUCACCUUGCCUAGACGGCCUGGAAAGACUGCACCUGCGCUGCCGGAAUGGUCGCUGCAAUAAUGGAAUGAACAUGAAUAGUAUCGCCCGGCUCCUUUCUCUGCUGCCUUUGAGAGAGAUACAGAUCACCGACUACUGUUCUGGUGGGCAAGAUUCAUAUGAAACAGACGACGCAGAUGUUACUCCUCUCAGAUCACUUUCUGCCUCAACUCUUUCGCUCAGCGGCAGUUCCAUCGAGGAAACAGAUUUCGAUGUGCUGAUCGGGCUAUGCAAAUACCUGACCGCCUUUUACUAUGGGCAGUGCGGUUCUUAUAAUUUUCAGUUAAGUCCCCGACGACUAUACUCACUGCUUUCUUGCCGACGGGAUAGCUUGCGGGUCCUCCAAUUGUCAUUUGGCAACCAGUUCGCCAUUCCCCCGGCAUUCGAAGAUCGCCAAUUCGGCGGCUCUCUUAAACAGUUCGUUGUCUUGGAAUACCUAAUACUGGAUCAAGUAUAUUUCAACUCGAAAGCAUUGGCCUGUAUAGCGGAAUCCGUGCUAAACGGCCAACUGCCGAAUUUACAAUGUAUCUCUCUUCACAGCGAUAUCACCUAUCCUGGCCAAAUGAUUAACUUACCGAAAAGGGGUGCGACUGAUAUAUUAUUCAACAAGACAUGUUCAGAUCUACGGAACAUUCUCGACGGAACGGGAAUAACACUACAACUCGAAAAAGACUUGCUCGAUAAGACUGUCCAAGGGUACGGCGCUGCGUAUGAUUAUGGUCAGCCCGGUGAAUUUUGGCCAUUCAUCUAUCUUGAAUAAGCGAGGCAAAUUCCAUACGAUCUGAACUUCUUCUGAUGUUGGCAUAACCGCCUUGUCUCAGCCAGACCGCGCUCUUUGUACGGCUAGUUAUGCGGGCGCAUGAGCAGCUGACUGUUCGGACUUUAAUGUUCCCUUUUUUGGAAGGAUCAUUGAGCGAAUACUGCAGGCGCGACUGUCCUUUUGUUUUUUGAUUAGUGGUUUACGAAAUUCGGGAUAUUUAACAAUAAUAUGUUCAAGAAGGGACAGUCAGUCUUGUCGCUACUCGAAUGCGCUGUUGCAUCGAUGUCAAAGCUUGUACAUUCCUGUAUUUAUAAUACGGCUACUGUAAGCUGAGGAAGCAAAAUUGUUUAGGUUACAGUACUAAUCGAUACUGCCAAGAAGCUUUGGU